AUGUUCCGAGAUAUUCUCCAAGGUCUUCAGGACACGCUGAAGACCUCCACAGUGACCUAUGGCGUUAUCAAUGUCAUGCUCCUGCUGAGCCUUGUCUCCAUCCUCGUCAUCCAAAAUGGCAACACAUCGACAACGCGGAAGAAGCUCAAACAUUUGCAAAGAAUCGGCCUAUCGACCAGCAACAUGGCAGAUCAGUAUGAAUCCAAAUACGACGCACCAGAAGGAACCACGCCCGAGGGAUCGGUCCGCAUCAAGGCGAUCUGCAUUCACCCCAUCAAGUCGUGCGGCCGGAUCGAGCUGAGCCGGGCUUUACUGACCAAGACCGGAUUUAUGUACGACAGAUGCUUCGCUUUCGCCACGGAGCUGGGCAAGAACAAUCCUGCCAUGGAAACGAAAUGGCGAUUUAUCUGCCAGCGUACCAAGCCAGCCAUGUCUCAGAUCAAGACGGAAUUAUGGCUUCCGCACAAGGAGAGCAACCAGCAUGACCCGCUUGUCCAAGCUGGUGGAUGUAUCGUGGUGUCAUUCCCUGACCCUGAUGGGCCUGGCCGGUUCGAUGAUCUAAGGAGCUUCUUUCAUACAGGGAACCGCUCCGCAAAGCCAGAAGUUCGGUUCAUCGUGCCUCUCCAACCCACGCCCGCCAUGCUGAACGAAUACAAAAUCCAAUUCAAAACAUUCGGCAUCCACUCGCGUGACGCGAAGGGUCUGGACAUGGGAACAAUUCCGUCGGUCGCGAAAGCGUUACCGAAAUUGAAAAAGUAUCUGCGGAUCACAAACGAUCAGAGCCUUACCCUGCUAAGAUGUACACCCGAUACCCUUGUGCGUACAGAUCGAAACCUGGCUCCACUCGAACACAUCGGCACACCCUCUGUACACGGCUAUACAGACCAGCAACCCAUCAAUAUCAACAGCCUUUCGUCCGUCCACGCUGUGUCGGCACUGCUGCCAACGGAAAACCAACCCCUCAAUGCCCUUCGUUUCCGCGCCAAUAUCUGGAUCACGGGUGCACCGGCCUUCGACGAGGAGAGCUGGAAGCGAUACCGUAUUUUGCCGAAGGGUAGUGACGCAGAACCACGAGCUGCUGUAGCCCCGACGGUGUCGGUUGUGUGUCGGACGUCGAGGUGUACAAUGCCUAAUGUGAAUCCGGAGACUGGGGUGCCGAGCGCGGAUAACCCGCCUCCAGAGAAGAAAAGAGGUAAACCGCAGCCGAGUGCCACUUUGGUUAGGUACCGUACGGUCGAAGAUGGGAAUAAGUCGGCUCUUGGGUAUCUAGGUAUGCAUUGUGUGCCUGAGGAUCGGGCCUUGCAGAUGGCUGAGGAGCAAGAGAAGGGGUUAUACGUCGCUGUUGGGGAUGAGAUUGAGGUCCUUGAGCGUGGGGAACAUCUUUAUGGCUCGACGGGUAAUGAUUAUUAG